CCCUCCUCCAGGCCAGCCCUUCACCAGGCCAGCCCUCCUCCAGGCCAGCCCUUCACCAGGCCAGCCCUCCUCCAGGCCAGCCCUCCUCCAGGCCAGCCCUUCACCAGGCCAGCCCUCGUCCAGGCCAGCCCUCCUCCAGGCCAGCCCUCGUCCAGGUCAGCCCUUCACCAGGCCAGCCCUUCUCCAGGCCAGCCCUCCUCCAGGCCAGCCCUUCACCAGGCCAGCCCUCGUCCAGGUCAGCCCUUCUCCAGGCCAGUCCUCCUCCAGGCCAGCCCUCCUCCAGGCCAACCCUCCUCCAGGCCAGCCCUCCUCCAGGCCAGCCCUCCUCCAAGCCAACCCUCCUCCAGGCCAGCCCUCCUCCAGGCCAGCCCUUCACCAGGCCAGCCCUCCUCCAGGCCAGCCCUCCUCCAGGCCAGCCCUUCACCAGGCCAGCCCUCGUCCAGGCCAGCCCUUCACCAGGCCAGCCCUCGUCCAGGCCAGCCCUCCUCCAGGCCAGCCCUCCUCCAGGCCAGCCCUCCUCCAGGCCAGCCCUUCACCAGGCCAGCCCUCGUCCAGGCCAGCCCUUCACCAGGCCAGCCCUCGUCCAGGUCAGCCCUUCUCCAGGCCAGUCCUCCUCCAGGCCAGCCCUCCUCCAGGCCAGCCCUUCACCAGGCCAGCCCUCGUCCAGGUCAGCCCUUCACCAGGCCAGCCCUCCUCCAGGCCAGCCCUUCUCCAGGCCAGCCCUGCUCCAGGCCAGCCCUUCUCCAGGCCAGCCCUCCUCCAAGCCAGCCCUUCACCAGGCCAGCCCUCGUCCAGGUCAGCCCUUCACCAGGCCAGCCCUCCUCCAGGCCAGCCCUUCUCCAGGUAACCCCUUUACCAGGCCAGCCCUUCUCCAGGUCACCCCUUCUCCAGGCCAGCCCUUCACCAGGCCAGCCCUCGUCCAGGUCAGCCCUUCACCAGGCCAGCCCUCCUCCAGGCCAGCCCUUCUCCAGGCCAGCCCUCCUCCAAGCCAGCCCUUCACCAGGCCAGCCCUCGUCCAGGUCAGCCCUUCACCAGGCCAGCCCUCCUCCAGGCCAGCCCUUCUCCAGGUAACCCCUUCACCAGGCCAGCCCUUCUCCAGGUCACCCCUUCUCCAGGCCAGCCCUUCACCAGGCCAGCCCUCGUCCAGGUCAGCCCUUCACCAGGCCAGCCCUCCUCCAGGCCAGCCCUUCUCCAGGCCAGCCCUCCUCCAAGCCAGCACUUCACCAGGCCAGCCCUCGUCCAGGUCAGCCAUUCACCAGGCCAGCCCUCCUCCAGGCCAGCCCUUCUCCAGGUCACCCCUUCUCCAGGCCAUCCCACCUCCAGGCCACCCCUCCUCCAGGUCAGCCCACCUCCAGGCCACCCCUCCUCCAGGCCAGCCCACCUCCAGGCCAGCUCUCCUCCAGGCCAGCCCACCUCCAGGCCAGCCCUCGUCCAGGUCAGCCUUCCUCCUGGCCAGCCCACCUCCAGGCCAGCCCUCCAGGCCAUCCCACCUCCUGGCCAGCCCUCCAGGCCAUCCCACCUCAAGGCCAGCCCACCUCCAGGCUAGCCCACCUCAAGGCCAGCCCACCUCCAGGCCAGCCCAAAUCCAGGCCAGCCCACCUCCAGGCCAGCCCACCUCCAGGCCAGCCCACCUCCAGGCCAGCCCACCUCCAGGCUAG